AUGUUGGGCAGCCGACAGCAAUCGGCUUCUGUGGAAACCAUUGCUUACUCUCGAGCAGCAUCGCAUCUGGUAGUCCAGAACUUGAAUGAAACGAAGGACGCUGAAGGCGACUCGUCGUGUUCUGGGGAAGCCUACCUCCAUUUUUGGCAUUCCUUUUCAGCGGGAGGGUUAGAAAAACAUCGUCAUGGAAACUUGGAUGGAAUAGAUAUGGAUCAAAUAAGAAGUGGGAAGGAUCUUCUCGAUUGGCACGUCAAGACCCUGGAGAACCCAGCGACCCGUUAUCAUGUCCUUCCAACUUGUGAUACAUGUGGGAACCCAUUGCAACCAGGAGCCGAACAUACCAAAACACGCAUCCGGUCCGUUGACAAGAAAAAGAGAAAGAGGCAGCCCAAGAAGUCAAGAGUGGCAAAGAAAGAAAAGAACGACGACGACAAUCCUCCGAUUCUCUGGCAACUGGCACCUUUGCAUCCCACUCACGUGAAGAAUGCCCUGGUCGUCGGUUGUCGGCUCUGUGGGUACCAAACGCAAAUUCCUGGACUCCCCCGAAAAGAAAAGGAGCAGCCCCCAGUCGAUAAAGUUGCUACUAGGACCAGUGGUUCCGUAGCGGCUGCGAAACAUACCAAACCAGCAGUUGUCAGAACGGAACUGCCUACACGAGACUUCAUUCCCUUGGGCUCUGACAAGAAGAAAAAGAAAAGAAAGCACUCCAAGCCAAAGUCGUCGCAACUCCAUGACUUCCUCAACUCUCUCAACGACUAG